AUGCCCAUCUACAUCUUGAUACCAUGCCAGCACAUUGGCUCGCAUGAAGCGGCAUCGCAACCCCUGCCGCAAACCAAGUCAGACGGCAUGAUAUUCCUCCAGCUAUGGACCACGGAGCAGGCUUCGUUUGCGGCGAGCGACGCUCAGCUUCUGGUUUGCGGCAUGACUCACUUAUCAAAGCGACAAGCGCCCAUCGGAGCCUCACUCAGCCUCAAGCAAGGUUUCUCCCCCAAAAAAGGCACCACGAUCCUGCACAAACCAAGGCUCAUCAGGCGGCGCUCACUGGCACAACAGAGGAUACGGCUCAUCACAGUCAUCACACACGCACGACUGGGCAUACACAUAACAACCCCAACCAUGGCAGACCAGGCCCCGCCAUUCGCACUCGAGUCUGCGUCCAUCCCGCUCCGCGACCUCCCCGCCGACAGCUACCUCGUCCACGCGACAAACUGCAUCGCGACCUGGGGCGCCGGCAUCGCCGCGGAGAUGGCGGACAUCUUCCCGGCCGCGUGCCGCGAGUAUCAGCGCUUCUGCGUCGAGGAGGUGCUCCACGGCCCCGAGACUUCUUCCCAGCAGCAGCAGCAGCAGCAUCGCCGCCGGCGGUGGCCGACGAGCCAGUCCCCCAUCGCGGGCCGCUGCCUCGUCAUCCCGCCGCAAGACGACGACGUGCGCGCUGGCGCCCCGCGCGUGCACAUCGUGUGCCUCUUCACGAGCAACGGCUUCGGGAGGGCGGACCCCGCGCGCGGGAAGCCCGGCAGGGACGCGCCGGGCAGGAUCCUCGAGCAGACGGCGAGAAGCCUCAAGGAGUUUCGCACUGCCCUUGAGAGGGCGGCAUCAUCAUCAUCAGCAGUACCGGCGGCGCAGACAGACGAGCCUGCCGGCUCCGGCAGCGGAGACGCAGCGUCGCCCGUCGUCUACUCUCCCAUGUUCAACUCGGGAGCCUUCAGGGUGCCGUGGGAGCAGACGCAGGCGCUGAUACGGGGUGAGUUUCGGGGUUGGCGGGGGAGAUGGGUUGUUCUUGCGCCGCCAGGGCCGGCGUGAGCCAGCGGGUAUCCCGUAUC